GGUUCCUGGAGAACAGCUGGUAUGGUUAUGAUCUUUGCCCUGCUACCUGGAACUACAUCUUCAGCCUGGAUCUUCUGUGUGCACAACUGGGCUGGACUUGGACCAUUACCAAUAUUAUACGGAAGGACCUUUGGCUGAUCCUGAACACUUGGCUGAGGCAAGCAAGGACAGAGCAAACACCGUUCCGAGACGUCUGUGUAGCAGCAGUUUUCAGGCUACUUGGGCGACUUGGUCAACUAGGACUUAAGGAGAACAUGCUAACGUCACUCGAAAACCUGGCAAAAAGCAUUAAUCAGUUUGGAAUGCAAAACUUCUCAAAAGGUAUGCCAUGGGAAGUGCAGCUCUCAGUCAUCUAUGCCACUCAUGAUCUGGCACCCAGCAACCCUGAAGCAGCUCUGAAGACUUUGGAAUCAUGGAGGAAAAACAGCACACAGCCCGUUCCCCCAGCCGUCAUCAAAUGCAUCAAACAAAUCAGCUUCCUUUGUCAUCAGACCAAGUCACAAAACUCUAAGAAAUCACAGUAGUUAGUAUUAUAUUGAGCACUGCA